AUGGCGUCAGCAGCCUACUACAAGAAGCAGCAGGCGCAGCUGCAUCUCGCCAAGAGCGAGGUGCAGGCCAUCAUGGAAAAGUUGGUUGCGGCCGUGGCCCAGUCCCGCCCUCGCAGCCCCCUGCGUGCUCUGCUUCAAACGCUAGACCGUAUAGAGGAAGAGGGGGUCGGAUCGGCAUCUGCGGCCGCUAACAUUGCACCGCCUCUCGUCACCCCGCGCCUCAUCGUUCUCACUGGCCCGCCCGGCUGCGGUAAGUCGGUCCAGGCCUCCCAUAUUGCCGCCUUCCUAGGCGGUGUUCACUGCGCCUUGCCGUCGUUGGUGCGAGAUGCGUUUCACGGUGGCCAUCUGCCUGGCUCGAAGGUCGUGUAUGUCCCUGAGUCUCUUCAAGCCGAGAUGAGGGCGGCCAAGGAGGCGUUCGUGCGGAAGACGCCGGUGGGCGCGACGGCGACGUCUUUUCUAUCCUCACUGCCACCCGACCUCGCGGCGCGGCUCAUCGCGAAUUGCAUCCAGUACGAGAUGCGCCAGCGCCAAGCUGCGGCGGAUACCGUGCCAGCGCCAGAAAUGCAGUGUCCCACGUCGACGGUGUUCUUCGUACUCGACGGCUACCCCUCGACCAUCGCUGAAGCGCUGGCUCUCGAGGCGGCGACGGGGCAAGAGGUAUCGGUAGCUGUGACCCUUCGCUGCUCCGCCGACUGCCUGGAGGCGCGCCGCCACUCCCGCGCCCCUCCUGGCCGUCUUGCCUCCCUGGACACUUUUGAGGCUUACUGGAGCGCACAGCACAAGUUACGCGUCGUGGACGGCGCUCAGAGUAUCGCUGCCGUCACACGGCAGGUGCUCGCCGCUCUGGAGGAGGAGUAG